AUGUUAUCUACGAUGUAGUCAAAAUUAACCAACGAAACGUUUUUUUUUAAUUCUUUCAAUGAAAAUUUAAGUUUUUUAUUAUAAAUAUGACGAAUUUUAAGUUUUUUGGAUAUUCAACAUUUGUAGUAAUAGCAGUCGAUCUUCUGGCGACAUCCGGCGAUAUUACGAUGACGUGGCCAUCGCCGAUCCUCCCCAAACUCCACUCCAACGACUCAACCGUCAAUCCCUUACCGAAACCGAUCACUCAACAACAAGACGCGCUGAUCGCAUCUUCCAUAAACAUCGGAGCGAUGAUCGGAGGUCUGCCUUUCGCUUACAUUUCCGAUCGUUUCGGAAGGAAAUUAUCCCUCCAAGCUAUAGGAUGUCUCCAUUUAAUCGCUUAUCUAUCGAUGGCGUUCGCGGGACGCGUCGAGGUGUUUUACUUCGGAAGAUUACUGGGCGGCGUAGCCGUCGGCGGCGGUUACACCCUAUUACCCAUGUACAUAGCCGAGGUAACCGAAGAAACGCUCCGGGGAGCUUAUUCCGUAACUCUGGGAAUCUUCUGGUCCUUCGGUAAUUUUCUAUCGUAUCUAAUAGGACCUUUCGUGUCUGUUAGAUUAUUCAAUUUGGUUAACGCUUCGUUUCCUUUGGCGUUUUUGGUGAGUUUUUCUCUACUGGGAACCGAAACUCCUUAUUAUUUAGUCGGAAUCGGCGAUACGGAGAAAGCCGAGGAGGUUCUGAUCAAAUUGCGAUCCACCGAUCGCGGAUCGGUUCAAAACGAAUUGGAACGUAUCAAGAUCAGCGUCGAGGACGAAGACAAAUCUAUUGGAUUCGGGAACGUGUGGUCUUUGAGGAAAUCCUUCGUCGUAUCGAUAAGUUUGAUAGUUUUUCAACAGUUGUCCGGUUGGAACGCGAUAACUUCUUAUCUUCAGGUGAUAUUCGACGCGGCCGGCGCCGAUUUACCUUCCGAUGUAUCCGCCUUGAUUAUCGGAGGUUGUAUUUUCGUUUUCAGUUUGCCGGCGCCUUAUUUUACCGAGAAAUUCGAUAGGAAAAUGUUAUUGAUAAUAUCGACGACGGUUUUAGGAAUGUGUUUGUCGACGUUCGGUAUUUUUUUUUGUAUCCUGACCAGGACGGAGUUUGGCGUCGGAUCGAUAUCGUGGUUACCUUUGGUUAGUUUGGUAUUGGCGGUUGCGUCUUUCCAAACCGGUCUCAGUUGUCUUCCGUGGACUAUUUCGUCUGAAAUAUUUCCGAAGAACGUUAAAAAAUUGUCGGCGUCCGCUACAUCUACUAGUUGUUGGUUAAUUUCGUUUCUGGUGACGAUGUUUUUUAAUAAAAUGACUGAUGGUAUUGGUGUCGACGGUACGUUUUUCGCGUUCGCUGGAUUUUGUUUUGUUUCAACUUUAUUUACGAUAUUUUACGUUCCCGAAACGAGGGGGAAAACUUUCGUGGAAAUUCAACUCAUGUUAGAAAGAUAAUGCGAAUAAACAGUUUUGAUGGA